CUAAACAGAGAGAGAGAGAAAGGAAGAGAGAGGCCGACAUGAGCUACAGAGGCAGAGAGCAGCUGUAGGGAGACGUCCGAGACCGAGACCUGAACCAGGAGGAGCAGCCCGGUCCACCAUGUCCGAGCCCAUCAGGAGGAGAAGCUCCAGCAGACAGCUCCUGCAGAACCUCAUCAGGGUGACGGCGCAGCGGAGCCAGGAGGACGCUGAGGAGGUGGAGAGGGAGCGGCGGAGGAGAGCCAGGGAGAAGCAGAGGGGAGAGGGGAGCCCGUCCUGGCCAGAACCCCCGCAACACAGCAACAAUACACACAACACAGAGUCCGACGAGGAGCUGAAGCCUCGCUGCUGCUUGGUUCUGGACGAGGACGAAGGCUUCAGCGACUGGAGCCACAGGCUGGAAAAGGAUGAGAGCAGGGCCGGACGGCAGAGGCCCUCAGCACCCCCGCCCGACCCCGAGGAGGAGAAACGACGGGAGUACAAAGAGGAGCAGGAGGAGAGAGGAGAGCCGGAGCUAAGCGGUCGGUCUGAGGAAGUUUCAGCGAGAGCUCCAGGGAAGACAUCCAGCAUUAAAAAGGAAGCCAGGGCAUCUUACAGCUCGUCAGUGUUCCUGGCUCAGGACGCCAGGCUGCAGCACGUCACAGGCCGACCAGUGGACAGGACGUCCUACCUGGCUGCAGGGACGAUGAAGCCACGGACAAGUGGAGGAGCCUGCAGAGUGGAUGGCGAUGUGGAGCAGGUGAUGCAGAGGGAGGAAAGGCAAGAGGUGCAGUCAGCUGUGCAGAAGGAGUGGAGGUCAGUCGAGACCGAACAGAGGCAUCGAGAGGAAGAGGAUGAGGAGGAAGAGGAACUGAGCUUCACACAUGAAGAGAAGGACGAUUUCCCCAUGAGGACGGUGCAAAGACACGGGGAGGGAGUGGAGCACAUGCAGGAGGAGGAGGAGGUGCAAGACAAGAGGUCAGUGCGGAGGCAGGACAGGAGGAGGGAGGAGGAGGAGGAGGAGGAGGAGGAGGCGAGAGGAACCUCUGCUGCUUCCCUCAUCAGCGGCGGCGAAGGCGAGGAGUCGCUGAACUGCUACGGUCCCAUGAGCCCCACGUUCAAGAAACUCCUCAUACAGUUCUACCCGGACGAAGCAAACAGCCGAGUUUCACCAGACGGGAAAUGCAAAAUCACAGAGAGAACAGAGUCUCUGAGAAGAAGCACCAGCAGCAUAAAGAAGAUGCUGCCUCCAGUUCCUGUCUCCAAGAUUGACAAGAAGCUGGAACAGUACACACAUGCUCUCGAGGUCUCUGCGAAGGAAAGCAGGUCCGGCUGUCAGGUGCUGACAGACUUGACGAGUCCCACAGAACCAGUCGCAUCCAAGAAGAACCUGUUUGAGGCCCGAGAAGCAUUUAACCAAAACGCUUCAUCCGUCAUGUCGUCUAAGGAUGCAGAUGCUUUAAAAGUCGGUGUGGCUGAUCUCAUCAACCAGUGGGUGAAAGGAAGUGACGAUGGCAGCAGGUGCAGCUCGCCCUCCAAACCAGCAGAAAUAAAACCCGGCGGUGUCUUAAACAAGAAGAAUUUGUGGGAGAGUCUCGGUGACACAAUAUCUCCUGGAAAAGAAGGAAAGGAGAGCUCUGGCAGUAAAAGAUAUAAGUUUGUGGUGGCGGGUCAUGGCAAGUAUGAGAAGGUUUCUGUUGACGACUGCGGUGAAGACGUAAACUGCCAGUCAGCUGGACAGUUCUAUGAAGAUCUGUGAAGCACGUGUUGAUGGGUAUGAUGGUAAAAAACAAAAGCAAUUUUUAGCCACUUUCACUUCACCACUGUCUGUAUUUCAAGCUUUAGGUUCAAUGCUUUUUAUUUCCUGUGAUGCUUUGUUGUAAUUCUGUAAUCAGGUCAGAUAUUCAUUUGAAUACAAUUAAAUAAAUUCAAUUAAACUGAUGUUUGAUUCCUUG